AUGAACACACACAUUACUCUCCUGUUCAGCGGGCUGGCUCCCCUCCUGCCCUUCAACACAGUCAUCCUCCUCUUCCUCUCCUCCACCGGCCCCUCCCACCCCUACUUCCCGCACCACCUCGCCGUGCCACCAGGGGCUCCGGAGCCCAACGCCACCGAGCUGAGCAUCGUUCAGCUCCUCCAGGGGGUGCCGUUGGGGGUGGGGCAGAUAUACGCCUGCAACGCCUUUGGCCCUCCCUCCUCAUCCUGGGGGGCGGUCCUUAUCUACUCCCCUCUCCUGGGAGGCCACGCCCUCCUGGGGUCAGGACUCGGCACGCUGGCCGGUGUGUCUCUCUCUGUGAGGCAGGCCGUGCUGUACUCCGGCCUGUCUGGGUUCAACGGGGCGCUGGGCUGCAUGGCCGUGGGGGGCCUCUUCUUCACCUUCAGCUGGAGGACACACCUGUUUGCCAUCGCCAGCGGUUUCCUCUCAGCCUAUGUGGACAUCGCUCUCAGUAACCUCCUGGGAACGGUGAGCCUUCACACACACUGGGAGUUUAUACUGUGA